GUUCAGAGGCCAGCGCGCGCCCCGUCUCUCCCCGCAGAUCAUUCGGAUGAUCGCCAGAAUGGUAAUCUCCGUCUCCAUAUCGUCAUCGCACGCAUUCGCUCUGGCUUCAAGCAACGCGCAUCUAAGAUUAGGGAUUCUCCUGCGCCGCCCUCCGCGGAGAACGGCACAGUCAACCUUUACCGUUUCCAGAGACGUGGCAUCCACCAGGGUUUCUUCGAUGUGCCGGGCAAGAAUUUCUACCUUGGUCAUUGCCAUCGCGUUGGCGAGCACGACUUGCGCACACGGGGCGAUCUUCGUCUCCCCAACGCUAGGCGGAAUUGCCGUGUCCAAGAACUCAUCGGGCACGACGUUGGGCGCAGUCUCGCCUUCGUUGAUCGGACCACUGUCAGGGACUUCGUCCACGCAGGCAGACGCCAAGCUGGUGCGCAGCGAGGCGAGGCCUCUGGGCAGGGCAGUGGUGGGGCCUCCUCCGACCGGGCAGAGCGAGGCGCACCCGCAGUGGCUGAGCCUCUGGUUUCUCGUGCAGUUUCCGUUCCUCUCCCAGGUCAUCGCCGGGUUGAGCUUCACCGUGGCGAUCAAGGUGUGCUGCAUGCUGGGGAACGUCCUCGUCCAGCUCAGCCCCUACAUCCAGGUGAAGCAGUGGGAGUCGCGCAGCUCCACCGGCGAGGCCGACGCCGCGCCCUACGUCUCCAUCGCCUUCGGCGGCUGGCAGUGGUGCUCGUACGGCCUCUUCGCGUGGCUGCACACGGGUCGCGCCGGCUUUCUGAUCUUGGUCUACUCCAAUUGCCUUGGGGCUCUGCUUGGCACUUACUACGUCGCUGCCUUUUACCGCUGCUGCAGGAAUCAAGGGGCGCUACAGAUGCUCGGUUUGUACUUGAGCGCGGCGGGGAUAUUGGCACUGUUCCAAGCGUGCUCCUUCGCGGUGCUGCCAUCGGACCGAUCACUCUUCCUGACUGGCUUGAUCUCUUCGUUCUCAAGCUUCAUGGGCGCCGUUGCGCUGCUGACCACGAUUCCCGCUGUGAUCCGUGCCAGAGACAGCAGCUCAAUCCCAGGCCCCAUCGUGACAGCAAAUCUUGGCUCAUCAGCAUUGUGGUGCCUGUGCGGCUGGAUAUUGGACGACCCCUUGGUUACUGGACCGAACGUGAUUUGUUCGAUCGCGUGUGCUGUAUGCAUCGGCAUGAAGGUCUGGUUUCCAUCAGCAGAGAGCGCCCCUGGUGCAGACCAGGAGAGCGUUCCAGCUUCAUUGCCCAAGCGCUUCUAUUACGAGCAGAAGAGCAAUGGGGCACUAUCGGAAAGCACUCCCUUGUGCCCGACCGCAACCACAAAGCGUUCCGCUACCACGACGCAGUGCUCGUUCCAGCCAGCGACGACAGCGCCUGCCUCGUCUGCUUCCUCUGGAAGAUCGAAAGCUGCAUCUCGUGCUUACACAGUCUUUUGAUAUUCUGCCAUCGUUGUUCUCGGAUCUGGCGUCGGCGCAGGGCAGCCCCGCGAGCUGGGGCAGCCCCGCGAGCUCGAGGUAUGCGGCGGCCGGCGGGGGCGCCGCGGCGUCAUUGCUGUUCCGGCCGCCGCAGAGCCACGGCAUUGCUGGCGAGGGCAGGCACUCCGCGUGCUCUACGGAUGGCACGGGGGGCACCUUCUGAGCGGCGGGGCGACAUGCCCGACCGAACCGUGGCGAUGCGUCCCAGCGUGGCUUCGUGCGCUAG